AUGGAAGAAAAAAUUAUGUCCAUAAAGGAAGAAAUUUUCGACGAACCAAUAGCAUCUUCAUCAUCAUCAUCAUCAUCACAUUUUCAUAAUUCGAAUGAACCAUUGAAUAAAAAUCAAGAAUUUUCUUCAAAUAACAACCAAACAACGCAUUUUUCGAUCAAUGAUGGCGAUUUUAAUCAUCAAUCAAACUAUGUCAUUAACGAAGAAAAAUGCCAACCGAUGUAUGGCGGUGGCAGUGUGGACAAAAUACAUGAAAACAAUGGCUUGUUGCAGCCGAUAGAUUCAUCAGAUCCAAAUGGUAUGAUGAACAUGAUGAACAAUGAUCAUAAUUAUAUGAAUCAGCAAAUUAAUAUGGAUGGUUACUGUAUCAAUAAUAAUAAUACAUUGGAUUAUCCUGAUCCACAUUUUGCAUUGUACAAUCCUUUCUAUUCUAUCGAAAAUCAUACCAAUUUCAUCUAUGCCAAUCAGAUCGAGCAACAACAACAACAACAACCAAUGAAUGAACCACCAUCUUUAUAUAAUCCUUACGAUUCGAACCAGAUGAUUUAUUAUACUGAUUACUAUUAUCCAUACGAUGAUAAUAGAUGUAUGAAUAUCCAAUAUUGCGUUAAUAGUAAUCAAAUUCCAUCGAAUGCAGCCGAAUUGUAUCACAAUGAUAUUGUCUUUGAUACUGAUGAUCAUCAUCAUCAACAUCAACAUCAACAACAACAACAACAGACAUCGAUGUUGUAUGAAAAUAGAGAAAAUCUUGAUAAUAAUCCACCAAUGAUAAUUAAUAACAAUGAUGAUCAAUUUAGUAAUGUAAACGAAAUGAUGACCGGUGAAUCUAGUAAUGGCAACAAUGAGGAAUCCGAACGACUAGUAAACAAUCACUAUGAUGAUGAUGAUGAUGAUGAUAAUGAUGAUGAGGAAGAUAAAGAAAAUCGUUCAAAAAAUUAUUGCAAAAAUCAUGAAAUUAAUCCAAAAUAUGUUCAUCAGCGUUUUCCGAUCAAAUUGUGGAAUCUGGCCUCAGAUAAAUCAUUCAAACCGAUUCGAUGGUCAAAAGAUGGCAUGAGUGUCAUAAUCAAUGAACAACGUCUUGAACCAAAUCUUGGUCAUUAUUUUCGAUCGAAAAAAUUUUCAUCAUUCCUUCGGCAACUUCAUCUGUAUGGAUUUAGAAAGGUGACAAGAGCACGAAAUCAUCAUCGUAUCGAUGAUCACAGUGAAUAUCUAUCCGAAUAUCAAUGCAAUUAUUUUCAACGUGAUAAUUAUGAAUUGGUGAAAAAAAUACGUCGAUAUUAUUCGAAUAAUAAUAAUAAUUCAUCAUCAUCAUCCACACAGAAUACAAUUUCAUCAUCACAAUCAUUAUCGGAUCCGAUAUCAUCACAACAAUCA